AUGAAAUAAUAGAAUUUGUUUACUUGUUAAGAUAUUGCACAUGAAGGAGAAGUUAUAUAAGGAUUUGUUUAAAUUUGGGAUGCUAAGAUUCAAGAUCUUAGUUUUGUCUUUAAUGUGGAUUUGAUCCUAAGAAACAUACUAAUUGCAAGAAAGAUCUAAAAGGAUUUGGCUAAAUUUAGAGUUUUCUCACUAAAUUCAAUUAAAAUAUACUUGAUUUGACUAUCUAAUUAAAUAAAUCCUAUUCAUCAGUCAAAACAAAAUAUGAAGAAUUAACAAAAUAAUUGCAUAAUCUGAAAAUAUAAUUACUUAAGAUAUCUGAAGGUUUAAGUUAAUAAGAUUAUAAAUAAAUCAAAGAUAAUUUGCAAAUUAUUAAGGAAUGGUAUCAAUAUUCAAACAAUCAAGAGGAGAUCAUGAAGUAGAAUUAAAUUGGUAUUUUUCUAUUAGUAAUAUUUAUAGGAACUUAACUAUUUAAUAUAAAAAGUAUGAUAUAAACUUUGGAUUAAGACAACAAAUAAAAAUAAUAAAUUAAAGGUAUUUAUCAAAAUAAUGAAAUAACACUCGAAUAAGGUAUUCAAUUUGUUUUAAAUUUAAUUAGGAAUAGAAUUAUUAAAUUAAAAAAAAUGGUAAGAGGCUAAUGAAAAAAUAAAUUAAUACUUAAAAUUAUUAGAGAAACAUUAAACAAUUGCCACAUUUUUUAAAGGUAAUUACAAAUUAUUUAUAAUAUUAAGGUAUUUCUUUAAUUGAAAUGAAUCAACCUGGAAAAGGAAUUAUAAAAAUAAAAUAAGCCAAAAAGAUUAAUAGUAACUUAUAUAGAGAUUUAUUGGAUUAUUCAGAUUUAGAACUUAAGUAAAAUCCAAAUAAUAAAUUUAUUUUAAUUGCAAAAAGUUCAUAUAUUCAAUUAUUUCUAUAGGUUAUGCGUUAGAUGAAGAAAAGAAAUAUCAAUUAGCUAUUGAAGAAUGCGAAAAGGUUUUGAUAGAAGAACCUUUAUUUCUCCAUGCAUUGUAUAGAAAAAGUACUCAUUUCUUUUUUAAAUAGGCUUUUCGUUAUCAAAUUUGAAUGAACAUUCACAAGCACUUUUAUGCAUUGAUAAAGCUUUAAAUUAUGAUUCAAAGUAUAUUGUUGGAUAUUGCACAAAGGGUAAUUUAUUAGUUUAUGAUUGUAAUAGGUUAUUCAUUAAAUGAUCUUGGAAAAUAUAAUAAAGCAUUAGUUUGUUAUGAUAAGGCAAUCGAACUGGAUCCUAAUGAUGCAAUUGCUUAUAAUAAUAAGGGUUAAUAAUUAUGUUAUUGUAAUAGGUCGUUCAUUACAUAAUCUUCAAAAAUAUAAUGAAGCUAUAGUUUGUUAUGAUAAGGCGAUCAAACUGGAUCCUAAUGAUGCAAAUGCUUAUGAUAAUAAGGGUUAAUAAUUAUGUUAUUGUAAUAGGUCGUUCAUUACAUAAUCUUCAAAAAUAUAAUGAAGCUAUAGUUUGUUAUGAUAAGGCGAUCAAACUGGAUCCUAAUGAUGCAAAUGCUUAUGAUAAUAAGGGUUAAUAAUUAUGUUAUUGUAAUAGGUCGUUCAUUACAUAAUCUUCAAAAAUAUAAUGAAGCUAUAGUUUGUUAUGAUAAGGCGAUCAAACUGGAUCCUAAUGAUGCAAAUGCUUAUGAUAAUAAGGGUUAAUAAUUAUGUUAUUGUAAUAGGUCGUUCAUUACAUAAUCUUCAAAAAUAUAAUGAAGCUAUAGUUUGUUAUGAUAAGGCGAUCAAACUGGAUCCUAAUGAUGCAAAUGCUUAUGAUAAUAAGGGUUAAUAAUUAUGUUAUUGUAAUAGGUCGUUCAUUACAUAAUCUUCAAAAAUAUAAUGAAGCUAUAGUUUGUUAUGAUAAGGCGAUCAAACUGGAUCCUAAUGAUGCAAAUGCUUAUGAUAAUAAGGGUUAAUAAUUAUGUUAUUGUAAUAGGUCGUUCAUUACAUAAUCUUCAAAAAUAUAAUGAAGCUAUAGUUUGUUAUGAUAAGGCGAUCAAACUGGAUCCUAAUGAUGCAAAUGCUUAUGAUAAUAAGGGUUAAUAAUUAUGUUAUUGUAAUAGGUCGUUCAUUACAUAAUCUUCAAAAAUAUAAUGAAGCUAUAGAUUGUUAUGAUAAGGUUAUCGAACUGGAUCCUAAUAAUGCAAUUGCUUAUAAUAAUAAGGGUUAAUAAUUAUGUUAUUGUAAUAGGUCGUUCAUUACGUAAUCUUCAAAAAUAUAAUGAAGCAAUAAUUUGUUUUGAUAAGGCAAUCGAACUGGAUCCUAAUUGUGCAAUUGGUUAUGAUAAUAAGGGUUAAUAAUUAGUUUAUUUAAUAGGUUCUUUACUAUCUGAUAUGAAGAAGUAUUAAUAAGCCAUAGAGAAUUAUGAACAAGCACUUUUGUAUUGCAAACAAGGCCAAAAUAAAUUUAAAAAAUUAAUUAUAGAAUUAGGAAAUUAACAAUGA